AUGGCUGUCGCCCAUGUUCUUGACAACUAUUACCUAGGAAUAACGGCCAUUGUCACCGUUGCCUACCAGCUCUUCUUCUUCGCCAUCGCAUAUUCCUUCAAAUUCGACAAACUCACUGACCUCGCUGGCGGCACCAACUUCGCCAUCCUGGCGAUCCUCACACUCUCCCUCUCGGGCCACCACCAUGCACGCCAAGUUGUAGCAUCUCUGUUUCUCAUCCUCUGGGCCAUUCGUCUCUCGUCCUUCCUCUUCUUCCGCAUCCUGCGCACCGGCUCAGAUGACCGAUUCGACGACAAGCGCGACAAGUUCUUCCCCUUCCUUGGCUUCUGGGUCUUUCAAAUGAUUUGGGUGUGGACCGUGUCACUCCCCGUAACCAUACUGAACUCGCCCAAUGUGACGCAGUACCCACAGCAUUCCUUUGGCACUGGGAGAGAUAUUGCCGGCAUUGUUCUAUUUACGAUGGGUUUCUUUAUGGAGAGCGUGAGUGACGUGCAAAAGUACAAUUUCCGGAAAUCACACGACGGGUACGCGGUUUGUGAUGUCGGCUUGUUUAAAGUGUCGAGACAUCCGAAUUACUUUGGCGAGAUAAUCAUUCAGUUCUCCAUUUAUAUGAUUGCUGUUUCAUCAGCAGCGGAUGGGUACGUCUCAGGCCAGGCCUACAAAGCGCUGUACGCGACAAUCCUGGGGCCAAUUCUUCUCACAGUACUGCUCAUGUUUGUCUCUGGACUGCCCCUUUCAGAGCGGCCAAAGGCCAAAGCACGCUAUGAAAAGGGCAACAAUUGGGAAGGAUACAAGCGGUGGCUAGACCGGACGAGUAUCCUGAUUCCGUUCCCUCCACAGUUGUAUGAGAAGAUGCCUUUGUUUUUGAAACGAACCAUUUUCCUGGAGUUUCCCAUGUACGUGUUUUAUCCGCCGUCAGCAGAUGCUGGUGUUGUUGAAUGA